AACAACGCAGCGAUGGCCAAGAUUAAGGCUUGGGACCUGCGCGGCAAGAAGAAGGAGGAGCUGUUGAAACAACUGGACGACCUGAAGGUGGAACUGUCCCAGCUUCGUGUAGCCAAAGUGACAGGCGGCACCGCGUCCAAGCUCUCCAAGAUACGAGUGGUAUGCAAAUCCAUCGCCCGAGUCCUCACUGUCAUAAACCAGACUCAGAAAGAAAACCUCAGGAAAUUCUACAAGGGUAAGAAGUGCAAGCCCCUGGACCUGCGACCCAAGAAGACGAGAGCCAUGCGUCGCCGGCUCACGAAGCACGAAGAGAAGCUGAAGACCAAGAAGCAGCAGCGGAAGGAGCGGCUGUACCCACUGCGCAAGUACGCAGUCAAGGCCUGAGGCAGACGACAAUAAAGUGCAAGACUGAC